AUGGGCUGUUUUGAUUGUGGAGGAGAACCCGAAACGAAAAAGCAUAUCAAAUUGGUGCUACUAGGAACGGCUCAGAGCGGAAAGAGUACCUUCUUCAAACAAUUGAGGGUGAUUAAUAACAAGCCCUUUUCGGAGAAGGAACGAAUUUCCAUGACGAGUGUAGUACGGGAAAAUCUAUUGGAGGCCUGUUACUCCAUUUUGAAGGCUUUACACACGUUGAAUAUUCCACUGGCUAGUCAAGAGAAUGAAGAAAUUGCCAGUCAAAUCAUGACUCUCCACAAAGAUUCCUCGCAAAAUCUUUCUGAAAUUCUCACAACAGAAACUGCGCAAUAUGGAAACAUGGGAGCCAAGAUUUCAAAGAUUUGGAAAGAUCCCGGUAUGCGGCAAGCUCUGUUAAAACGAUAUGAAUUCUCAAUUAAUGAUUCAGCGGAUUACUUUCUUGAUCAUUGUGAGAGAAUAUGUAAACCAGAUUUUAUUGCAACUCAAGAGGACAUUAUCAAAGCAAGAACAAAAACAGUGGGUAUUACAGAAGUUGAGUUUGAAUCUGAGGGCUGUAUGUGGAAGUUCACUGAUGUCGGAGGUCAGAGAGCAGAACGAAGAAAAUGGGUUCAUGCCUUCGUUGACACCACGGCUGUAAUUUUCAUAACAUCCCUGAACGAUUUUGACAUGAUGUUGGAGGAGGACAAGAACACUAACCGAAUGCAUGAAAGUAUGCUGUUGUUUAGAGAGGUCUGUGACUUGGAAUGUUUCAAGGAAAUACCUAUUAUAAUAUUAUUCAACAAGGAUGACUUGUUCAGAGAGAAGAUUCAACAAAGUGAUUUGAGAGUUGCAUUUAGUGAUUAUUCAGGUGGUCAUCAGUAUGAAACUGCAAGGGAUUUCAUUGUUAACAAAUUCAAGUCGCUCAACACGAGAAAUAAUCUCAUGUAUUGUCAUGUCACCACAGCAACGAAUACUAACAACAUCAGCAUGGUAUUUAAUGAUGUAAAGAACAUUCUUCUUCAACGUGACUUGCAAGAUUUGAAUAUUAUUUGA